CGUUACAAGUUGGAAACCAGCUCAUUCAUUCAUUCAUACUCUCUCUUCUCUCUCUCAGAGACCACUCUCCACUGUUUGGAUCCGAUGGGGGCGAAAUCUCCGGCCAGAUUCACUCUCGGACGGCAAUCCUCGCUCGCCCCGGAUCGCGGCGGGAAAGAUGAGGAUGAGGAAUCGAUUGCGGCGGCGGUGGCGGCGGUGGAUCCUAGGGUUCGUCUGAUGUAUUUAGCUAACGAAGGCGACAUCGACGGGAUCAAUACGAUGCUCGAGUCCGGGACCAAUGUCAAUUUUAGGGACAUCGACGGCCGUACUGCUCUUCACGUCGCCGCUUGUCAGGGACGGCCAGACGUGGUUCAGCUUUUGCUCAGCCGUGGCGCCGAGGUCGAUCCAAUGGACCGGUGGGGCAGCACGCCUCUUGCAGAUGCAGUGUAUUACAAAAACCAUGACGUGAUAAAGCUUUUGGAGGAACAUGGUGCAGAGCCUCCGAUAGCUCCCAUGCAUGUCCAAAAUGCUCGAGAAGUCCCAGAGUAUGAGAUUGAUGCAAAGGAGCUUGAUUUUUCUAACAGUGAGAAAAUCACAAAGGGUACCUUUCGUUUGGCAUCAUGGCGUGGAAUUAAGGUGGCUGUUAAAACCUUUGGAGAGGAACUGUUCACAGAUGAAGACAAAGUGAAAGCAUUUAGGGAUGAACUUACACUGCUUCAAAAGAUUCGGCAUCCCAAUGUUGUCCAGUUUCUUGGUGCAGUUACUCAAAGUAGUCCUAUGAUGAUUGUUACCGAGUAUUUAUCUAAGGGAGACCUACGGGAAUAUCUGGACAGGAAAAGGGCUCUAAAGCCAGAACUAGCCGUGAAGUUUGCACUUGAUAUUGCCAGGGGAAUGAAUUAUUUGCAUGAGCAUAAACCUGAAGCAAUAAUCCACCGCGAUCUGGAGCCAUCAAAUAUACUGCGGGAUGAUUCCGGGCAUCCGAAAGUUGCAGACUUCGGAGUGAGCAAGCUACUUGUAGUUAAGAAUACAGUCAAAGAAGACAAGCCGGUUACACCACAGGAUACAUCUUGGCGGUACAUGGCUCCUGAAGUGUAUAGGAAUGAGGAAUAUGAUACUAAAGUGGAUGUGUUCUCUUUUGCUUUGAUCUUACAAGAGAUGAUUGAAGGCUGUGUGCCAUUUCCUAUGAGUCAAGAGAGCGAAGUUCCUAAAGCAUAUGUUGCAAAUGAGCGCCCCCCAUUCAACGCUCCUGCAAAACGUUAUCCUCUUGUGUUGAAAGAGUUAAUCCAGGAUUGUUGGGACAAAGAACCUUCUAGAAGACCAACGUUUCGACAAAUUAUCACCAAGUUGGAGGUCAUAAGCCAUCAUCUUGAAAGAAAGAACCGCUGGAAGGUGAGGUUAGGAAUGUGCCUUCCGAUAUUCGGAGGCUUGAUGAAGAGAGAUUAUGUGAAUCCAAGCAGCCGAUCAUCACACUCCUUCAACAGGUAAGUAAAAACACAAAAACUGUGUCUCCGAUUUGUAACAUCAGAAGGAUUUUCUUUUGAAAUGGUUUGCCCGAAGGGGAAAACAAUGUGAAUGUGUGAAUCUAGAAUUUCUCCAUGAGUGUUGUAUUUUAGUCUUGUAACCCUGUGUUGUGUGAUCCAUUUGAAAUUCAAAUGACAGAAUAUGUGCGUGCAAUUCACUCGUUCUUGUAUUCGGCAUCUUACUUUAGGGUAAGAAGAGACCCCUUUGUUUGUUUUUUCUGUCUAUUUCUGACAGUAAGAAGACUCGUAUCCUAUAGUUUUUACAUCAUAAAUGUGAUCUGUAAGAAAGAAGAGUUCAUUAACUUUGAGUUUGGGAUGAUACUGAUGGGUCCAUUCAAGACAGAUACCACGAUCAGAUUUAGAAGCUUUAGAGGUAAAUUCUGUUGACCCUCUCUGCUUUGUUUUCUAUUGUCAUGUUUUGCUCCCUGCAAUGUCAAAAGUUGUUCAAGUACUUUCAAAGUUACCGGAAAAAAUACGAACGCAAACCCGUUAUCAGCUCAAAUUUUUCUUGGUAACAACAACAAACUUUGUUCAUUCAAACAUUUACAAACAACCUUAUGAUUAAAUCACAAAGAACUCUGGAUUUUUUUAUCUUCUUUGCCUCAAUGCCUCUUUGUUUCUCUUUCAGCCUGCAGGUAGGAGUACACAGAAAACAGAUGAAGUUAUUCAUGCAUAUAUAUAUAUUUAUGUGUGUGUAUUAUUACAUAUCGAAAACUGGAAUUCCUCUUCUUACAGCUUUGAUGGCCCUCUCAACAGCAUCCCAUCCGUAAAGAUCGAUGUAAUGUUGAACUGAACUCCGAGCAUCAAGGCUCAUCAUCUCCCCACUGAACAUCGGUAGCACCAGCCACAUACAAAACAGAAGCUUCAUGUACGGCCAGAACGGUAUCCUUCAACCAAAAGCUAGCAUUCAUCAUCGUCAUUUCAGAAAAAAACAAAUCUCUGUAACCAAACAGGAAAAAGCCAUGCAUGUACCAGGCAAGGAUUCUCCAAACAGACAUCUCGAACAAUGUCAUGAAGGAGUAAAUGAUCCAGUAUGUGAGCCACUGCUGGUCAUCCAACAUCGUUGGACUCUCUAUCGCUCUUAGCGAUGCAUACCUGCUCAUAUAUAUGAUAUCUCCAUUAACGUAUCCAUAUACACACAUAUAUAUAUGUAUGUAUGUAUGUAUGUAUAUACACAUCACUGAUACAAUAAUGUUCAUCAUUAGUCUGUGUUGAUCUUACAGAGGAUAAAGAAGCAUGACUCCUGGCCUGCACAUGCCACCAAAAGCAGACAAGACAAUGUUAGACAUUAAUGGUACGUUUUUCAUACACUCUUUUCUAAUUCGAAUUAG